AUGUCGCACUAUCCCUCCAGCUUCACGGUACUCCAACCCAAACCCGUGCCUCAGGGUACACCUGGCUAUGAGAAGAGACGUGCCUCUAUGCUCGAAGCCUUUGCGGCAAAGGUGCCUGCAGAACUGCGACUGCCAUCGGAAUUCUUUUCGAGUCCGCCCAAGGACGUGUCCAAAGUACCGGCAACGUGCGGUCUGUUAACUCCUGCCGAGAUCGAAAUUACAGAAAAGUACGAUGCGGUAGGCCUUGCUGAGGCUAUUGCUGCCCGCAAGUUGACAGCAGUCCAAGUGGCCACGGCCUUUUCCAAACGCGCCAUAAUCGCGCACCAAGUGACCUGCUGCUUGACUCAGUGGUUCAUGGAUGUCGCGAUUGAAAGAGCCAAAGAGCUUGACGAUUAUCAGGAGAAGACUGGAAAGACUCUCGGUCUUCUUCACGGAGUGCCAGUCAGCAUCAAGGAGCACAUACCUCUCGCUGGAACCUACUCCUCGUAUGGAUCCGUUGCGAGCACGCAAUUCGAUGAAGACGACUGUGUUAUCGUGUCAUUGUUAAGAGAACAAGGUGCAGUGUUCUAUUGCAAGACCAACCAACCGCAGGCUAUCAUGCAUUUGGAGACGACAUCUCAUUACGGCCGCUCUCUAUGUCCUUUCAACACUGAUCUCAGUGCUGGCGGCUCGUCAGGUGGCGAAGCUGCACUGAUGGCCAUGAAGGGAUCUGUCCUUGGUGUAGGUACGGAUAUUGGCGGUAGCAUCAGAGGCCCUGCGGCGUUUUGUGGCAUAUAUGGAUACAAGACCACAUCAUAUUUGCUUCCCAUGAAAAACUUCAUCGCAAGCGCCUUCGCCGCAGAACUAAACAUUCUGUGCAGCACUGGUCCGUUUAGUCGAAGCCUGCGGGACUUGAAUCUUUUCAUGAACACCAUCGUCGAUCAAAAACCCUGGUUGCUAGACCAAAAGGUAAUUCCAUUGCCUUGGACAGGCGUGCACUCGCCAAUCAAAAAGCCCCUGAGAAUAGGCAUCAUCGAGAACGACGGUUUCAUCGACCCUCAGCCACCAGUCAAGCGCGCCAUAGCAUGGGCUCGCUCACGUCUAUCCGAUCCGAAGCAUUCCGGUGCCUUCCAAGUCAAAGAAUUCAAGCCUUACAAGGCAGCAGAAGCAUGGGUAAAGAUCCGACGCAUGUACUGGCCUGAUGGCGGCAAGGGCUCUAAAGACACUAUCAUGUCUUCAGGCGAGCCGAUCCUUUCGCUUAGUGACUUCACUUGGAAAGAGGCUGAGCCGCACGGCAUGCUCAACGCCCAGCAAGUGAACGAGUUGCGCGCUGAGCGCGAUAAGUUCCGCUAUGAGUUCGCCGAGAGUUGGAACAAACAAGAAGUCGACAUUGUUAUUGGACCUGCGUUUGUUGGUCCGGCUUCGGCGCAUGACACGGCGUUUUAUUGGACGUAUACGAGUCUGUAUAACUUCGUGGAUUAUCCAGGCGUUGUAGUACCGACGCCGCUCAGGGCUGAAGCAAAGGAACAAUAUGCCCCGGAUUACAAGCCACUGAGCAACGAGUGCAGACACGUCAAGGAACUGUGGGAGAGCUCAAACUUCGAGGGUGCGCCAGUCACUCUUCAGGUGAAUGCAAGGAGGUACCAUGACAAUGAGCUGUUCGGCGCACUGGCUGUGUUGAAGGACGUGCUUGAGCUCCCGUAG